AUGAGUAGACAUCGUUUACGUGAUAGUUCCAUUGAAAGAGUGCUAGAAGAAGUUUUGAACGAAUCAGAUUUAGAGGAAAGUGAAGUGGAUGAUGAUGUGGAAGAAAUUAGAACUGAUUCAUCGUCUGAGAAUGAAGAUGAGGUUGAAGCCAAUCCACCAGAUGAUAAUGAUACGGAAUGUGAUAAAUUCAUUGCAAAAAGUGGACGAGAGCUAUGUGCGUGGCGUUGGCAGCAGAAGCUGGUGCGGGAGUACCUGGAGGCGGAGGGCGGCACGGCGCCGCGCAGCCCGUAUGCUGCCGAGGAGGAGGUGGGCGUGGCGCGCCGGCGCCUGCCGCCGCCCCCGUCCCCGCCGCCCCCCAGGAGGCUGGCGGCCGCGUCGUCGACGAUGAGGCAGCCGCUGCUGGCCACGUCGCGCGACCACUCGCUGCUGCAGGCGCUGGUGCGCUCCUACCAGGCCCGCGGACACCUCGCCGCGCGCAUCGACCCGCUCGGCGUGUGGUUCUCUGGCUCCUCGGACAGCGCGGUUGUGGGGGCGGAGCGCUGGCGGCGGCUGCUGCCUCCGGACGCAGACCUGGACACGCUGUACUGCCUGCCCGAGACCACGUUCGUGGGCGGCGGCGAGACCGACCGCCUGCCGCUGCGCGAGAUCAUUGCCCGGCUCGAGGCGGCUUACUGCGGGCCGGUGGGCGCCGAGUACCAGCUGACCGACUCGUUCGAGCAACGGCAGUGGCUGCGCCAGCAGCUGGAACCGCCGCAGAACGCGCUGCUGUCGGCCGCGGUGCGCAGGCGCGCGCUCGACAAGCUGAUCGCGGCGCACGCCUUCGAGAAAUUCCUGUCAGCCAACUGGGGCAGCGUGCGCAGAUUCGGCAUCGAAGGGUGCGAGGUGCUGGUGCCGGCGCUGUGCCAGCUGAUGGAGGGCGCGGCCGCGCUGGGCGUCGACACGUUCCAGCUGGGCAUGGCGCACCGCGGCCGCCUCAACGUCAUGGCCAACGUGUGCCGCGCGCCGCUACACAAGCUCUUCGCGCUCUUCGUCAGCCUGCCGUUCGCCGACAGCGGCUCUGGCGACAUCAAGUACCACCUGGGCACGCACCAGCAGUUCGAGAGCGCGAGCACCGGCCGGCCGAUCCGCGUCGCGCUGCUGGCCAACCCUUCGCACCUGGAGGCGGUCUGCGCCGUUGUCAUGGGCCGCACGCGCGCGCUGCAGCGCCUCAGCGACCGCGACCCUGGCAAGGUGAUGUCGAUCCUGGUGCACGGCGACGCGGCGCUGGCGGGCCAGGGCGUGGCGUACGAGUGCGCGCAGCUGUCGCGGCUGCCGGCGUACGGCGUGGGCGGCACGGUGCACGUGGUGCUCAACAACCAGGCGGGCUUCACGGCGGAGCCCGCCGCGUCGCGCUCCUCGCGCUACUGCACCGACGUGUUCCGCGUGACGGGCGCGCCCGUGCUGCACGUCAACGCCGACAGCCCGGACGCCGUGGUGCGCUGCUGCCGCAUCGCCGCCGCCUUCCGGCACAAGUUCGCCAGGGACAUCGUCGUCGACGUCGUCUCGUACCGCCGCCACGGACACUCCGAGCACGACGACCCGUCCGUCACGCAGCCGCACAGGUACAAAAUGAUCCGAGAAAAGGCUCCAGUGACUGAAUACUAUCAAGAAAAAUUAAUUUCAGAAGGUCUGCUAACCGCAGAGGAAGCUGAAGCAAUCUGGAGCAAAUACGACACACUUUUCAAACAGGAAAUGUCCAGGGCGCAGCGCGAGACGAGCCACCGGCUGCAGGACUGGAGCGACCUGCCGGCGCCGCGCCAGCCUCCCGCCGAGGCGUGUGCGCCGUUCGCCUUCCCCGUGACGGGGCUGCGCGCCGACGUGCUGCAGGCCGUGGCAGAGGCCGUGCUCACGCCGCCCGCCGGCAUGCAGCUCCACACACAGGUACUGCAGAUGCUGUCUUCGCGGCUAUCGAAGCUGCGGCAAGGCGUGAUCGACUGGCCGACGGCAGAGAUGCUGGCUGUGGCCACCCUGUUGCGCCAGGGAUUCCCCGUGCGUUUCACGGGCCAGGACGUCGAGACCGGCACCUUUAGCCAAAGGCACUGGGUGCUGCACGACCAGCGGGCAGAGGGCCAGCGGCGCACGCCCCUGCGCGAGGUGCCGGGCGCGCGCGCGCAGCUCGAGCUGUCCAACAGCCCCGUGUGCGAGUACGCCGCGCUCGGCUUCGAGGUGGGCUUCGCGUCGGCCAACCCGCGCCAGCUGGUCGUCUGGGAGGCGCAGUUCGGCGACUUCUGCAACCUCGCGCAGCCCGUCAUCGACCAGUUCCUGGCCGCCGGCGAGGCCAAGUGGGGCCGCUCCUGCGGACUCGUCCUCAUGUGUCCACACGGUCUGGAAGGCGAAGGCCCGGAGCACUCGAGCGCGCGCGUCGAGCGCUUCCUGCAGCUGUGCGCCGACGACGCGCAGCGCGCCAAGGAGCUGGCCAAGCCCGGCGCCUUCCUGCAGCAGCUGCGCGACACCAACCUCCAGGUGGUGUGCUGCUCGUCGCCGGCCAACCUGUUCCACGCGCUGAGGAGGCAGGUCGCCAUGCCGCUACGCAAGCCGCUGGUGCUGCUCACCCACAAGGCGCUUCUGCGGCACCCAGACAUGCUCUCCAGCCUCUACGACAUCGCGGAGGAUACGCAGUUUCAGCGGCUUCUACCUGAACGAGACUGCAGCAAGGAGCAAGCAGCACUGAUCAGCAAGCUGCUGUUCUGCAUGGGAAGAGUUUAUUACGACCUAUGCGAAGAGCGCAAGUUUCAAGGACUGGCUGACGCCAUCGCCCUCGCGCGCAUCGAGCAGUUGUGCCCCUUCCCGUACGACCGCGUGCUGGCCGAGGUACAAAGGUUCCCCAACGCGACCCUCUACUGGGUGCAGCAGGAGCACAAAAAUCAGGGCGCCUGGAGCUACGUGCGGGAGCGGCUCUGCUCCCUGUUGCCUGACCGCGAGCUGCAGUUCGUGGGGCGGCCGCCGGCCUCUGCACCUGCCACGGGCUCCUCGUGGAAGCACCACCUGGAGGAGCGCACGCUGCUAGACCAGGCCAUGCAGCUCGCCACAGAGAAGGCCGCCGAGUGACGUAGGCCGCUGUCGCUGGCUGAAGCAGUUCGGCCGAGGAAUUGUGGACGACACUUUGCCUUUGCCGUGAUCUCGAGUAAUGGAUCUGUACAACAUGAGAACAUAAAUAAACGUGUGAGGGAAG